AUGAAGUACAAAGAUGCCGAGAGAAACUACUCCAUUCGGGAAAAGGAAUUACUAGCGAAUCUGUUGGGUUUACGGUUGUGGAGGGUAUAUCUGGUGGACAAACCGUUCAUCGUUGAGACGAAUCACCGUUCAUUAGAGACCAUCUUCACUCAGAAAACAAUAUCUCGUCGCGUAGCUCGCUGGUAUGACGAACUUAGUGAAUAUCCUAUAAGAUUUCGAUACAUACCUGGAAAAGAGAACGUAGUGGCGGAUGGUUUAUCGCGCCAUCCAGAUUUCUUCGACAAGGAACCGAUAACGUUAGCAUCUCUCAGUACUCGGUCCAAAUUCCAACAGCGCGUGAAGCAAGACAUCGACAACCUGGUGAAGGAAGCCUGUUUAAGUGCUAAGAAGCGCGGAAGGCAUCAGAUCCGUAAUUUAGAGCGCUAUAACAUUGACAACAAGAAAAUCUUCUACCAGAGUCCAAGUGAUGAGCUUCCACGACUAGUUCCACCAAAUAUUCCCGAAGUAAUUGAUGGUAUCUUGCAUGAAUUUCAUGACGGGAAGUGCUAUGGACAUCCGGGCGUGGAGAGAACACUUCGUCUCGUUGAAAAGAACUACUAUUGGCGCUACAUGCAGUGA